AUGUAUAAGGUAUCUUACAAGAACAAUGUUGAGUGUUGGGAUAUCAAGAAGAUUCAUGGAGAUCCAAGUUAUACACAUUUAAAGGUCUUGAAGAGAAUUCUAAGAUAUGUUCGAGGAACCCUUUCACUUGGUCUUUUUUAUUCAAAAUCAGAUGACUACCGAUCAGUGGGUUACUCGGAUAGUGAUUGGUGUUGUGAUGUUGAUGACCGGAAAAGUACUUCAGGUUAUGUAUUCCUACUAGGGAAUACAAAUUUUACUUGGUUAUCAAAGAAGCAGCCUAUUGUAACUCUAUCGACCUGCGAGGUAGAGUAUGUGGUGGCCACUUGGAGUAAUAAUGAUGGGAUAGGAAGAACAUCACUUGAUGUCGAUGCAAUGAACGUUGCUACUGCGCAUGGAGGAAUUCCAAACCAAUGA